AUGGUAAAAGUCAUCAAGACUCUCUCCUUGAUGCUAUUGCCUCUGCUCUUGGCAAUGGUGAAGAGUGAUUUGGAGGAGGCUCACCUCAGAUCUCACCCCAAAGUUGGUGGCCCUUGGACUCGAGGGCAGCGUUAUGCUGAGGGGACCUUCAUUAGUGACUACAGCAUCACCAUGGAUAAGAUCAUGCAACAGGACUUUGUUAACUGGCUGUUGUCCCAGAAGGGGAAGAAGAAUAGUUGGAGACACAACAUCACUGAGAGAAAAGCAGAUGGUACAGGACUAACAAAUCAUUCCAACUGGAACCUAAAGAACAUGGAAAACUGGAGUUCCCCAUUUAAAGACUCCUUUUCAUCUGAGGAUCCUAAGAACAAGAGAAUGAAGGAACUGGCAUUGACAUGGUUGAUUUUGGACCUCUAUGGCCUAAGGUAG